AUGCCCAAAGAACGCCAGACAUGCACCGAGUGCUCUAUGCGCCGGCAAAAAUGUGACCGCAAUCUUCCCUGUGGUCGCUGCGUCAAGAGAGGCGAUGCUGCAAAAUGCACGCGUGAAUGGCCCGAAGGCGGCUACGAUCCAAAAAUCCACCGGAUCUAUCCUCGAUCAUCCACAGGAGCAGAUGGCAGUCCCACAGCUACCGAUACGUCUCCCCAGGCCAUCAAUACCAACCACAGCAACCCGCCAGAGGCUGUCGUUCACCCUUCUCUCCGAACUCCCCAAUCUGUGACUUCCGGGCCUAGUCCGCGCGAACACCCCUCGGUCUAUCCAAGCAACCUUGGAGCUGCGCCAACCAAUGGCCCAGUUACUGACGUUGACAAUGCCGCCUCCGUGCUGGAGUUCCUGACCUGGGGCCGAAGCAAGCUAUCGGAUUAUGAUAUGAAAGCGUUGGAUCUCCUCAAGGAACCUCACCAAUCUGGCACAGCCGCACUUCCCAAGGAUACGGGGCCAGACUGGGAUGUUUCAAAUGGUCUCGGCGGGACUGGUGCCGCCCAAGUGUCGUUUCUACAACUGCUCCUACCCAGUCGUAAGCAGGUAUUCCAGUUGGUAGAGUACCAUGUCAGCUCGAUCUUAUGGUAUCAUGGGUGCUUCCACGGUCCAACAUUUUAUGAAGAGCUCAAAGAGGUCUACAAAGGCCCCAGUGGACUGCAAGUCAGAAACAUGGAUCUCAGAUGGACGGCCUUACUCUUUGCUGUUAUGGCAGCAAGUAUGACUUGUGCCAAUGAGCAGCUGGCCUUGAGCUGGGGGUUCAAGAAGAACGAAAGAGCGAAGCUGACAAGGCAGUGGUACAAGGCUACGGUAACGUGCCUCAAUCUUGCGGACUACAUGUGGCGACAUCACGUCUACUCAGUCGAAGCCAUCACCACACUUACUAUGUCUGCCCAUAUUCUAGGGUUCAGUAACACCCAGAGCACCUUGCUGGGAGCUGCCGUCAAGAUCGCCCAGGGUCUUGGUUUGCAACGACUAGGGCCAGAAGAUGAUGGGAACAAUGGUGCUGGGCCUUCCACUUUAUCGAACCUUGCCUUACGAGAAAAGAUCAUCAAACGUGAAACGGGAAGGAGGCUCUGGCAACAGUUGUGUAUCCAGGAUUGGUUUUCAAUCCCUUUCUCGGAAAUGUACUCUAUCCAAAGGAUGCAUUUCACGUCGCUAAAACCCAUGAACUGCGAUGACACUACAAUGCUACCGCUACCCGAUGAUGUCCCAAGUAUGACAAGUUUCCCCAAUUUCCUUGGGGAGAUCGCAAGCUUGAUGCCGCAGAUACAUGACGCAAUCAUCUCUUCCAACACCUUGUACACCAAAUACGAGCAGGUUCUGGAGUACGACGCACAAAUGCGAGCCAUGGCGACCGAUGGACUCCCUCGGUUCUUCUCCAUGAGAGAGCCAAUCCAACCGGAAUGGCCGGCCUUUAUCCCCUGGGCGCGACGAAGCUUGACAAUUUGUUUUGCUCACAAGAUCAUCAUGAUUCACCGCGCGUUUCUGGGACGCAGCUUCACGGAGCAAGCUUUCGACUUCACACGUCGAACAUGCAUGGCAGCUGCGAAGACAAUAUUGAAAGAGGCGAGACAAGCGUAUGAUGAGGAAGGGCCCAUGCUCUGGAUUGACCAAGCUUUCAUGGUCGCCGCAGGAAUCACACUGGCUCUGGACAUUUUUCACCGGAGAACCAACGAUCCAGAGUACGAGGAACACCGGAAAUUGGUAGAGAAUACUAUCACAAUGCUGGGCAAAUUCGAACACAGCAUGAUUGCGAUGCGCGGCAUUCGGUUGCUGUCGUCCUUGCUUGCUGAGCAGGCUCGGUUGACGGCCGACCAAACCCUGGAAAAUUAUCGAAAGCGCGCCCAUGACAGUAUGGGCGGAGAUCGCAAUCAACCCAAGCGACAGAAGUUCAACGUGCCAAAGUUUGUGGAAUCGUUUGUCGGAAACGACUCGUUUACACAUUCGCUGAGGUCCGCAAAUCGAGGUACCGAACCCUCGAUGGAUCUGUAUGAACCGACGGAAUUGAAAACGCCCGGGUCGCAGGAGCCCGUCAUCACGUCCGACUUAGGGUACGAGACGUUUGAGCAGCUCUUUCCCCCUCACACCGGGAUCAGUAACAAUUUUCUCUUUGAGGAUCUCCUAAACUUCGAUAUCUGA